AUUCCGUGUAAUGUGCACGGACCCUUAACUCAGAAUCUGUGGUGGCAUCACGGAAUCGACGAAAAUUCCGUGAUGGGUUCACGGAAGUGAUACCAAUGUAAGUAAAUGACAGGCAUCACCCGUGAUCCACCCACGGAUAACCGGAUUCAAUUAUAACUGCACCGCAGUCGCUCUUUUUACGUGAUCCCCACACGGAUCGACUGAUUCACCCGCUGCCUCACGUCGGUUUCUGAUUUGGAAACGUAAGCCUAUCACUUUAAAUAUUCUUAGACCUACUUAAAAAUACUUCAGGUGAAAUACUUUUUCACCAUGCCUGAAGCAUUUUUCUGUGGUCGUUUGAGCGCUGAUCCGUGAUGGUGUCACGAAAUCUCCCCUGAUGGUGUCACGUAUGUAUCUUUCAUGAUCACCACAGCACAGUUUCACCCGUUAGGCUAUAUUGGCUACAGUAGUUUGUUCGUGUUGACACUAGACGUCUUCACGACUGUGUAUACGAUGGCAAUUAAUCUGUCAACCUCUCAUCUAUCAAUGCUUUCAUAUAAUUCAGUUUGUUGCCUUUUGCUUAUUGUGAAUUUAUGUGGUGGCACCACGGAUUCUUCCGUGGUAGACAGACACACGGACAAACUCGGGUGUCUAUCGCGAAAAGUGGCAAAGAAAAGUGGAGUUCAAGAAUAACAUUUUAAGCAUUUAAUUGAAUGGUCAAGUGAAAUAAAUAGUAAAGCUUUCUUUGAUUUUAUUAGGGAGACGGGACUGAUAAAUAGAAUAUAAAUCUGUCUGUUCCGAACUCCGGAGCAGAAGGUGGCGGUAAUACACAUAUUACGAUGGUUACCAGUCGCCGUUAAAACCCUAGACGAAGUCUUUUAGAUACACAGCUUCAGCGAGGAUAACCGUCCACAGAUCGUUACUGUAGGUAUCUCAAGUCCGUGUUAUUGAUUUUUUUUACACCACCUUGUUUAUUCCCGCGCCAAACGACGUUGUUGUCACACCUAAAACUUGCACAAGUGUCGGUUUCAUCCUGGUGAUUUUGAGUCUGGUAGUUGCAAUAAUGCUAAAGCAGUUUAGAAUGGGCAUUUUAGACCACGGAAACAACAUCAAUAAUUAAGGCUACGCAACAUCUAAAAGGAAGACAUAAAAAGCACUGUCCAGAAAAAGGUUGAUUACAACACCAGAGUGCUAGGCUGGUUUAUGUGGUACCAGAAUCCAUACUCAACAACAGUGUUGGCACUCUGUUACACACUGCUUUUUUUCUUUGGGAAAUUCACUUUAACAUAGACAUUGUCAAUGGAAAAGGUUUAAACUCUUAAUUUUAACCACUCUUACUGAAGAAAUAGUUUGGGUUUGGGAAGUGCACCCAUGUGCUUCACACACAUUAUGAUAUAGUACAAAACAAUAAUUUUAACACUAUUGUUUGGUCUCCAAAAUCAUUACAUAUUUAUUCUUUGCACUGUUUUGGUUAAAUGUAACAAGUAAAUGACUAUUGUGUACUCAAAUGUUUGUGAGUCAAUGUAGAAAUUAUAAUUUUUCUCAGAUGUCUUUUUAAUAAUGUUUUUUUUGUCUGUUCCACAGAUUGCUUACUGUUCUACAGAUUAUAAGACCCAAAGAAUAAAAAAGGCACUUUUAAGAGCCACUCUCUCACUUGUUCUUACUGUCUCUCUCUCUCUCUCUCUCUCGCUCUGUUUUCUCUCUCUCAUUUUUACACACACCUUCAUAUCUGUAUUGUGUGUCUAUUUUUUGUGUUUCUUUGUAUUUAUUUGUGAAACAUGUCUAACAACCCAAGGGUCUUUGAUGAUCCCAGUAAGAUCAGAGGCCAUAUGGCCGCUGAAAUCAGUCAUGCUCUUCUCCGUGAGGCCAAGGCUGCAAUGGCAAUGCAAAGCUCUGCCAUUCCUCAAAAAAGAAAGAGGACUAGGAGAAAGAAAUCGGUCACAUGCAGCCGUGAGAAACGUCAGAGAGCACAAAGACGUGCAUUGGCUUCUGAAGUUACAGGGAACCCAGUGUGUGAGGAUGUCCCUCAGAUUGAAGAUCCAGAGUUGACUGCAAGUCUUGAAACACGUCUUCAAGAGUUGAGGGGUGCUCUUACCUCAUUUGAGUAUCCGGUGGCAACAGAACAGACGGUGUGGGCACAACGACAGGUGUUUGCUGAUGUAAGAGCAAAAACAGCUCGGCCAGUGCUCCUUGAUGCCAAACUCUCAGCUGAAAGAGUCAUCAAGCAUAUUUGCAACAAAUGCCAUGCUGGAGAGGCUUUCAUUAGGUGCCUGGAUUGUGUUCCUCUGGACAUGGAGUUUCUAUGUGGAAGCUGUGACAAAGAGGCCCACAAAAAGAAUGUGUUUCAUAACAGGGAGGCAAUAUUUCAUGGCUACUUGGAGCCUAUUCCCCAUACAAAGGCUGUGGUGUCGGAUGACAAUGGCCAGCCUCACUUUUGUGAGCAGGUAUGUCAAUUGCCCUUGCCCACACAGAGGGCAAUAUGUGAGUGCACCCAUGAGAUUGAGGUCACCACUGGGAGGCAUAUUUCAGUGGUCACCAUGGAUGGACGUUACGAUGUCUGUUUGCCCCGUAAGGUUUGCCCUACCUGCUUAGCAGAAUGGACUCCGGGGGUGAAAGACCUUCUGAACUACCGUUACUGGCCAAGCACCACCAGCUGCCAGACACUGUACCGUUUUGAUGUCUUUGAAGCUUUUGCACACAUGAAGGUAUCUGCUCCUUCAAUGUCAAGACAUGCCUUUUUAAAACUGCUGGAGCACCAAUCUGUUCAGGCUGGAAGGCCAGGGAAUAUCUGUGCAGACACCUUUCAGAAAAGCUUUUUUGAAUAUUGUUUCUGCAAACACAUGGAAGAGAUGAUGUGCGAAGUCAAUAUCUUUCAUUGUCCAGCAUGUCACCCAGACAUGUUGGCGGUAUGUUGCGAUGGGAAUCGCAAACAUUAUCGCUUUAGAAAAUCAAGGGGGACUGAGGAACCCUCUCUAUAUGCGGGGUUAUUUCUUGCCCAGGAUGAGGAGGUAUCGGCAUUCCUAAACAACAUCAGAAGCCGUAGCACAACAAGAGCAAAUGACAGUGGGAUGUGCGGUGUCUCAAGGUUCAGGGCAAGUAAGGAGACAUCAAAAAAAUCAUCCUCCAAAAUAGAUGAAGAGGGGAUUCAAGUGGCAGUCUGCAGACACGGGAUAUUGCUACGAGGACUGAACCACUACCGUGGUGAGGUAUUUGCCUACCCAAUGUUUUUGCAGAGAGAGUUGUCGAAGAGGGCAAAUGUCACUUUCUUCUGCAUGGAUGUUGUCUGCAGGUACUGGCCAUACCUAAGCAAAGUGGCUGAAGAAUCAUCAGAUCUUCAGCCACUAAUGGAAAUGAGGCCAUUUCUUAGUGUAAUGCAUGCCAAAGCUCAUACAGCGAAAUGCGAGGUGAGAUGGGGUGGCAGAAGUCAGGAUGGAGCAGGGAACACUGUUGGAGAAGAAGUUGAACAAGUCAACAGCUUUCUAUCCAGGGCAGCACUUGUCACAAAAUACAUGACGAAGGCAGGGAGAGAGAAUAUGCUGACUCAACAGGCCAUGGGGUGGAACAGAAAAAAGAUAGAGAACCUCCACAAAGUCUUGGCUCACAGAUAUAUCAAAAUCUCUGAGAGGGCAAAGCUGGAAGCUGCCAACUUCAGUGAAUUCCAGCAAAAGAAUCGCCUCACUGAACAAACCGUACAGCAGUGGGUAUGUGAUGUUCAGCAAUGGGCAGUCACAGAGCUAGUUUCCACACCAGGGAGCACAGAGGACCUCAGAGCUGAGAUAGAGAGCAUCACAGUUAGCCUGCUCCGCAAGAAGCAGGACCUCUAUCGUCAAAAUGAUAGCAACCAGACAAGGCAAAGGAAGAGAAAGAAAAUAAGAGAUUUAAAGAAAAAACUAAGAGAAAAGAUCUUGCAGUACAAUUCAACUGAAGAGGAUAAGAUUGAUGAAGACUUGGCCUGCAGUUUGACAGAAGACUACAUCCUGCCUUGGGAGAGGCUUGAAGAUGGUCACUCCUUCAGAUUAAAACGGUCAGUUUUUGACCAAAUGAUGCUACUUAAACGCCUUGAAGAGGAGAAGAGCAUCCUGGUCAAAGAGAUGUCCCAGCACAUCAAGUCUCUCCAGAAGGAGAUAAAGGGAGUGGAGAAAUGCAAAAGAAACACCAGAGCUUGCAAUUUUGGUGACAUGUCGGAGGAGGCUGCAGAGGGUUGGAAAAGUGUCCUCAUGCGGCGAUCUUCUGCACUGGAGAGGUUAUGUCAAGAAGCCGUAAGCACAUACCGUGCUAUAGUUGAUGAUCUUCAGAUACAGGACUCAGAAUGCAGGACAGACACUGAUGACGAUGAAUAUGACCUUAGUAGUCCAGAGUCAGAGGAAGGAGAUUAGGAAGGAGACCACUCUGUUUUGUUAUCAUCAUCAUCGUCGUCGUCGUCCCUGGAGAGAGGUGUACAGACUGCACAGAAUUUCAUAUAUCAGGGCUAUUCAAAUCUUACCCUGGAGGGCCGGAGCACUGCAGACUUUAGCUCCAACCCUGAUCAAACACACCUGAGCAAGCUAAUCAAGGCCUUCAUGAUCACUAGACAAUCACAGGUGGUUAAGUUUGAUUAGGGUUGAAGCUAAACUCUGUAGUGCUCCGGUCCUCCAGGAUAAGAUUUGAAUAGCCCUGUCAUAUAUCAACAGUUUCCAUACAUCUUCAACCCCCAUUGUCUGCAAUAGACACACAGCAUCCUCAAGGAUCCAUCCCAUCCUGCCCACCUACUGUUUGAACUAAUGUUUUCGUGGACCUGUACCAUUUUUUGGAGGGCAAAAGAUUCAUGAACUGUUUCUUUCCCAAAGCCAUUACCAACACUGAAGUCUGACACUCACCAAAUGCAACUUAUCACUAACAUGCAACAACCACUAUGAAGCACUGUACACUGAAAAUGGUGAAAAGCACUUCAGGCCUACCAUGGGAUAUUUGGACCUUUCAGCACAUGGCUUUAACUGUAUAUUUUUGGACUUGACUGAAUGUGUUGAAAAGUGAAAAUAUUCUUAUACAUAUCUUGUUGUCUUAUUUAUCUUUCAUUGGCAGAAUGUUUAUGAUUCAGAUAUAGUACCAGUACCAGACAUGUAAAUACCACUGAAACGAUAGUAAUUCAGUUUAUCAACAUUAGAUGUUGUCACAUCUGAAGUUAUUAUGCACUUCAACUUAAUGUACUUAAAUCAUAACUGUAUACACAAUGCCAGUGCAGUAUCUACUGAACAGAUUGGCCCUUUGCACUAUGUUUUCUGAACUGUUCCUCUUCAACUGCAGCAUAUAGAACAGUAUAGGGCUCAUGUAUCGUUACAUUUAUAGGUUGGCUCUGCAUUUUCUUUUGUUGUAUGUUGUUGGAUGUGAGCACAUAAAGACAGAUUCCUAUCAACUUAUGAAACGGCUACAAUAAACUUGAACAUGAAUUUUGAAAAUGUUGUAAAUUAUCUGAGAUUUCAAUUAAAGUGCAUAAACUGCGAAACUGCCCAGUUGUCUUUAAAAUGCAGAUUUUAAAUAAAGUAUAGGGUAGCGUGGGGCACA